GAGCGAACAUCAUGUGUUAACAUUGUUUCAUCCCAAGAAUUAGACAAUAUUCGUGCGAUGAAUCAGAAUGUGCACUUUAUUUGAAUUUCGAGAUAUACCGCGACAAUCAUUACGAUGUGAUAUAUCGAUUCGCGUUGCUAGCAGCACAAUCGAGGCAACGUCGAGCGGAAUCGAGCAUUCACCUGUGUGUGAGCUGGUAGCGUGAUAAAUAUUAUUGCAUAAUUAGAAGAACAAUGGUGGCCCAUACAGUACUUCUGGAUUUUACUGUAUCUGGUAGCAUGAUUGCUGAUAUAGAGAAGCGAUCAAACCUAAAAACAGCAAUUUCCAAUGUACUGGCAGAACAUUUCACGGGUCUCAAGCCCUUGACAGAAUUCAAUGUCGAUGGCAGUUUGCUUGUUUUAUACACUGGGCCCAGGAGCAGUCUGAUCACUGUCAGAGGAUACACAGAAGGUCUGAUUACCUUAAACAUCGAGUAUUACAAAGAAGACAAUGAAGAGCCACUUCUGAGUUUCGAGUGGCGAUACUUGGAAGCUGAUAUUGCCACGGCUUUGAACAGCCAGCGCAGCAAGCGUUUACCGCCAGUAAGACGAGGAACCAUAUAUGACCUCUAUCUGACGCUAUCAGACGAACGCCUAUUGGAGUAUGACAUCGACAAGCUCGUGUUCGAGGCUAGGUCGCCAUAUCAGAAGGUACAAAUCGUCCACUCGAAGUCGCUAGGCAAUCUGCUGGUACUGGACGAGCUACAGAACAUGUCCGAGGCAGACCUCAUAUACACAGAGACACUGAUGCAACGUGGCAAAGAGAACUAUGCCGGCAAGGAAAUUGUCAUACUCGGUGGUGGUGACGGCGGUUUAUUAUGGGAAUUGCUUAAGGAGAAGCCAAAAUUUAUCACAAUGCUAGAAAUUGAUGAUAUUGUUAUGAAAGCUUGUAGUCAGCACAUGAGAAGCAUAUGUGGCGACUGCCUGGAUAAAAGAAAGGGUGAUAAUUACGAGAUCAUAGUCGGCGAUUGUGCGAAAGCAUUGGCGCAUAUGAUCGAAGAAGGCCGUCAGUUUGAUUACGUCUUUGGCGACCUGACGGACAUUCCUAUUAGUACAACGCCACACGGUGAUGCUUGGGACUUCAUUAGACUAAUUCUCAAUUCUUCCAUGAAAGUAUUGAAGCCCACCGGCAAAUAUAUGACACACGGCAACGGUGCAUCCUGUCCGGAAUCUCUGAAAAUGUACGAAGAAGUCUUGUCGCAACUAUGCGUGCCUGUGACGUUCACGAAGGAUCGCGCCUUCGUCCCAUCCUUCUUCGAGGACUGGAUUUUCUAUCAAGUCUCACCGAAAUGAUGGAGUAAAGGAUGUUCAGGCAGAACCUGGAGGACCACGCCAAAACAGCCUCCUCACAAUCUGCUACCCCUCUUAUGACCCAAGCUACUCCCUAGUUUAGCCUUGUUAAUUAACGAAAUUAGUUCCUGAGCGAGGCAAAUCAAACUAUCAUAUUAAUCUAAUUCAUUUUACAACAUAAUGAUUGAUAAAUUGCGCGUUUUCUUCUGUUAUAUUUUUGAGAGAAUCUGUUUUUAAAGUCAACUUGAUGAAAAAAAACAACAAUGCUAAAAGAUAAGUCCAAAGUAAUAAGCACUGAUAAUAGAAAUACUUUGUCCCGUGUAAUAAAAGCUGCCUUUCUUCAACAUAAGUAGAUAUGGUUUUUUAUUUUCAAGAUUAAAGAGAAUAAUGUUUCGUAACAAAGGCAAGUGAUUUGAGUGGAACACUGGACGGCAUAAUGAUAAUUCACAAGAACUGUUUACAUUAUAUAAAAAUAUGUUUCUUUAUAGAAUAACAAAUAUUUUUUUUCAAUAAUGAGAAGUUAUAGCGUCAUUAAAUAAUAAAAAUCGAUUAAUAUGUAUUCAGAGAUUAUAAAGUUCAUAAUUCAUUAUUAUUAAGAUUCUAUGAUCAUUUCUUUUAAAAUUUCAAGUAUGAUUUGUAUAUCUACCUAUACACUUUUUACAUUUUUAAAAUUGUUAUAAAAUUAAUUUCAUUUUUUCCAUCGUUAUUUCAAUAUCAUGGAUAUCGUGUUGUUCACAAAGUGUAUUUUAUAAAAGUCGUUGCAUGUAGUACUCACUACUCACACAAAGGUGCUGAUUUCUUUUGUUUGAUAUUUUUUGCGAAGUUGGCGAGGAAAGAUUUGAUAUUUCGAGAUUUCUUUUUUAUAUUCGACCGCUAAGGACACGGAGAUCGGCUUUUGUUGUUAAUUCUUUAUCAGUGUUCUGUGUUGUUUAUGGAAUGCUCGUGAUUCCAAUCACUUCACAUUCAGAAUCGUCUUCUUCGUUUUACCAGCAAAAGGAUUAACAGCAAUAAUACAUUCGUGAUGUUGGUGUCAUAGCCGAUCUGCUUGUUCGCGGUAGCUCGAUACCUAUGCGAUGUAUAUAUAUGUCGCAUAUAUACAUAUAUUCUGUAUUGUAAAGCUCGAUGUAAGAACGAUGAGAAUUUUGUCAGGAUAAAAUUAUUUUUCUAGCAAACCGUUCUUUCCUCUGAUUUGAAUAAUUAAUGAAGCGAUCGACAAAUGAAUAUAAACACGUAUAUAUACGCACUCGAUUAACCCUAAACAGUAUAAAACAAUUUAACGCGUACAUAUCGGUAUACUAAAUUUAUAUACAAACUUUAUUGUAAUGAAAUUUCAAUAUUAUUCUAAUAAAUCUAUCGAAAUGCUAUGAGAACUUAUGAGUUAUUUGCUCGAAGGAAAUCUUCAGAGGCGGAUCUCGAAUAAUCUUACGGAGAUAUUUCACCGUGUCAAUAUCAAAGAUUAUAUGUCGCAAUUAUACAGUUUAGGGUUAAGAAAAAAUGAAACCAACAAUAAAUAAAUCCCAUGUGGACACGCAAAUGUGAGUUGAUUAAUGUAAUGAUGGGUAUUACCAGUCAUUUUUUACUCUAUGUGCAAUCUUACAAACGAUAUUAAUUUAUUAAAGAUCUUAUCUGCUCACAGUAUUAAAAACGAUGUACGAAAGCAUACUCAACGUAAUAUAAAUCUGUUCGAAACGGGUGAGCGACAGUAAAACGUACAAAUAUAAAAAAAACUUUGAUCAUUCCUGUUUAAUAUAAAUAAUUGUUGGAGCUUUGACUAUAUCUUCGAUAACUGAGCACUCAAUGUCAUGAAUCAGUCGAUUAUACUAUAAUCGACAAGUAUAUGCAAUACGCACAAUCUAAUUACGUAAGUGCAGAGAAAAAGUCGGAAUUGCGAUGUGACAAUGAAUUUGAUUGUUCAAUUAUUUACAACAAUGUACAAUCGUCAAUUUUAUUCCACAAAACAAACAAAAAAAAGAAAGAAAACUCGUAUCAUCGUGCUUUCGUCUGCUGUCUGAAUCCGUAGAACGAUAUAUCGUAUAUUGAAUCCCACCACUCGACUAACAAUGGUCAAUUACGCACAAGACAGCAGGCCGCAUUAUAAACUGAAAACUUAUAACUACGAUACAAUAAAUACGCGAUGUUGUUUAGUAGAAUAAACAGUCUUAUAAAUUGUAUAAUUCGGACAUGUUAAGCGACACUUUUCGAAAGGGCACUAAUCGACUUGUUCGAUAUUUCACGAACGACGAACACGUUUCUUGUAUAAAACAAAGAAUAUCGUGAUGAACAUCUGUCGCCGAGACACUGAAGUUUAUCGCGUUCGAUGUGCACAAUAAAUCUUUUUCUUAUA